AUGCAGCUUCCCGCCGCCCUCGCGCUGCUCCUGGCCGCCGCCGCCCUGGCGGGGCCCACCGCCCGCACCCACCACGACUUUAAUCUUUGCGUGCCUGAGCCGUAUUUCGCUGCUUGUCAGACCAUGCAACAACAGGAAGGCUCGCGGUUAAAAUGCGUGAAGGCCAGAGACAGAGUGGACUGUCUGGAGAAGGUGGGCCACGGGCAAGCAGACAUCAUGGCUGCCGACCCGGAAGACAUGUACCUGGCCACGUCCGCAGACGUGCCAUUCACUGUCUUCAAGGAGGUGCGCACCACCCUGGAGCCGACAGAGGAAUUCCGCUACGAAGCCGUCGCCGUGGUGCACAAGAACCUGCAGAUCGAGAGCGUGCAGGGCAUUCGAGGGUUGAAGUCUUGCCACACGGGGGUGGGCCGCAACGUCGGCUACAAGAUUCCCAUCACUAAGUUGACGAAACUGGGCGUGUUGCGGCUGCAGAACGACUCUCUGCUGACUGCGCGCGAGAUAGAGCUGCGCGCGCUCUCGCAGCUCUUCAGCCACGCGUGCCUCGUAGGCGACUGGUCAUCCGACGCCGCCGCCGACCGCAGGCUCAAGAACACGUACAGCAACCUGUGCGCCCUGUGCGAGCACCCGGACGUGUGCAACUACCCGGACAAAUUCUCCGGCUACGACGGCGCCCUGCGGUGCCUGUCCGACGGCGGCGGCCAGGUCGCCUGGACCAAGAUCCCCGUGGGCGGCGCCCUGGAAGUGACGAACGCGACCCGCUACAACCCCAACGACUACGCCUACUUGUGCCCCGACGGCUCCAAGAGGCCCAUCCUGGGCCCCGCCUGCCGCUGGGCCGCCCGCCCCUGGCAGGGCUUCAUCGCCAACGGAGACAUCACCAGCGAGGUGGACGACGUGCGCCGUGUGCUGGACCAGGCCUGUCGCAGCCGGCGCCGGCCGCCGAACGCCGAGUGGCUCAAGAGCGUGCUCACCGUCAUCAAGGACAAGACGGUGCUCGUGAGCGCCCCGCAGCCCCCCGUCUCGCCGCUGCAGUACCUCGACAAAGCCAACUACACGGACGUGAUCGGGCGCGGGCGCGGCGGCGCCGUGGUGCGCGUGUGCGUGCGCUCGCAGGCCGAGCUGGCCAAGUGCCGGUCGCUGGCGGCCGCCGCCUUCUCCCGCGACGUGCGGCCCGAGUUCGGCUGCGAGCUGCGCGAGGGCGGCCCGCACGCCUGCCUCGCCGCCAUCCGCGACGGACACGCGGACAUCAUCGCCGUCGACGGCGGCGAGGCCCACGUCGCGCGCACAGAAUACAACCUGCGCCCAGUGCUGACUGAACUGUACGGAGAGCACCAGGGCCUGUACUAUGCUGUCGCCGUCGUCAAGAAGUCGUCCUCCAUGCGCACUCUCACCGACCUGCGAGGGAAGAAGUCCUGUCACACCGGCUACGGGCGCACCGCAGGGUGGAACGUGCCCGUGUACGCGCUGCUGCGGGCGGGCCUGCUGCCGUCGGGCACGUGCCCCUACGCCAAAGCGGUGGGCGAGUUCUUCUCCGGAGGCAGCUGCGUGCCCGGGGCCCUUAGCUCCGAGAACAACCCGGCCGGCCUCAACCCGCAGCGCCUGUGCGACCUCUGCGCCGGGGACCUCGACGCCGCAGGCGGAGCCAACCCCGCCACCAAGUGCAACUCCACGCCCCACGAGUCCUUCUACGGCUACGCCGGUGCCUUCCGUUGCCUGGCCAGCGGCGCCGGAGACGUCGCCUUCGUCAAGCACGCCACCGUCCCCGACAACACCGAAGAAUUGCAAAAAUAUACCAAAGAAGAAAAAUAUGUCAAAAAAAUUUACAGAAUAGAUGGCAAGAACUCUGCAGCCUGGGCAAGGAACCUGCAGAGCAGCGACUACGAACUGCUGUGCCCCGACGGCUCUCGCAAGCCCGUUGAUCAGUACGAGAGUUGCAACCUAGCGCAGGUGCCCGCGCAUUUGGAUUCAGCAACGGGCUUCCGCGCCAUCGACGAGCCCUCGCCCGUGCAGCGCCAGUACGAGGAGAUGCUGGAGCAGUUGCGCACUUGCAACUAGGCGCCGUGGCUGCCUGACCCGACGCGCUCAUCGCCCGCGCUCUCUCGCAGCUGUAGCCUCACUGACUUAGCCGAGGGCUCCCGUUUCGAGACGCGAGAUAUCGACUUGCCUCUACGAUUAUCGAAUUACUCAACAUCGACGUGUAUGUCAAUGUUUGGAGAUGAACCUGUCAACAUUGAUGUGUUAUUUUAAGUAUAUAAAAGCUUUUAAUACAUCCAUAAAUUGAAUUUGAAUAUCUACUUCAAUGAGACUUCGAUUGAGUAGAAAUAAUCGUUUAAUUAAAACCUAAUAUGCAAUGAACAAGUAAAAAUAAUUGUUUCCACGUCUAGAAACGAAUCGAGCGAGCCCUUUGCUUUCGGUGUUUCUUUGCUAGUAUUUUCUGCGGAGCUGUAAUGAGUCGUUUCAUUUUUAGUUGAGUUAGUUUCCUAAUAGACUGCGUUCAUUUCCAUUUUGAAAGACUGUAAUAUGAUAUUGUGAUAUUCUCUCUCAGUAGCUACAUGUGUCACUUCUUUGAAUAAAAGUAAGUAAUAUUUGGUUUCAGUAUUUUGUGUUUUUGAAACAAUGGAUUGCAAAGUAAUACAAAACUGAUGUUAGUCUAUUCCUGAUAUUUACUUCCAAGAACAAUGCUCCGGAUGUAACAAAUAGAUCAGCUAUUUUCUUGGCAAUCUGUUCAUUAAUACAUUGUUAAGGACUAUCGUAAGCUUUACCGAAUCUCAUGUGUCUACAAUUUUAGAAUUUUUCCGUACAUUUACGUACGUAUAACUCAAAAACCUCUUGUUUCUCCAGCAGUUACGGGUUGAAUAACUAGCUCGGCCAGUACACAGAGGAAUUAUAAUUACGCCCUUUACUGUUGUAAUAGUGCCCCGUAUUUGUCUUUUUUUUUUUUAGUUUCUCAUCAAAGUGAUUUCAACACCAAUGUACUAAGAGGAACACAAAAUAAAUUACAUAAAAUAUAAA